CCCGCGGCCCGGCCCCGCCGCUCCCCCCGCCCCGCAGCCGCCGAGCCGGAGCCGCCGCGGCCGGACCCGAUGCCGGGAGCUGGGCGCUGAGGGCGGCCCCGACAUGGGGGUUCUCAGCAUCACGGACCAGCCUCCUCUGGUCCAAGCCAUCUUCAACCGGGAUGUGGAGGAGGUUCGGUCGCUGCUGAAUCAGAAGGAGAACAUCAAUGUACUGGACCAAGAACGCCGAACACCGCUCCAUGCUGCUGCCUACAUAGGAGAUGUUGCAAUCCUCGAGCUCCUCAUCCUGUCAGGUGCUAAUGUGAACGCAAAGGACACGGUUUGGCUCACCCCGUUACACCGCGCUGCGGCCUCUCGGCACGAGAAGGCACUUCACCUCCUCCUGAAGCACUCUGCGGACGUCAAUGCCCGCGACAAGCACUGGCAGACGCCGCUGCACGUGGCCGCGGCCAACCGGGCCACCAAGUGCGUGGAGGCCCUGGUGCCCCUGCUCAGCACCGUCAACGUGGCCGACCGCACGGGCCGCACGGCGCUGCACCACGCCGUGCACAGCGGCCACCUCGAGAUGGUGAACCUGCUGCUGAACAAAGGGGCCAGCCCGAGCACUUGUGACAAGAAGGACCGGCAGCCCAUCCACUGGGCAGCUUUCCUGGGGCAUUUGGAAGUUCUGAAGCUGCUGGUGGCCCGGGGAGCUGACGUGAUGUGUAAGGACAAGAAGGGCUACACCCUCCUGCACACGGCGGCAGCCAGCGGCCAGAUCGAGGUCGUGCGUCACCUCCUGAGGCUGGGGGUGGAGAUCGACGAACCAAAUUCCUUCGGUAACACUGCACUUCACAUCGCCUGCUACAUGGGCCAGGACGCCGUGGCCAACGAGCUGGUCAACGUCGGUGCCAACGUCAAUCAGCCCAACGAGAAGGGCUUCACCCCCCUGCACUUCGCUGCCGUCUCCACCAACGGGGCCCUGUGCCUGGAGAUCCUCGUCAACAACGGGGCCGACGUCAACUUUCAGAGCAAGGAAGGGAAGAGCCCAUUGCACAUGGCUGCGAUCCACGGACGGUUCACGCGGUCGCAGAUCCUCAUCCAGAACGGCAGUGAGAUCGACUGUGCUGACAAAUACGGCAAUACCCCCCUCCACGUUGCUGCUAGAUACGGCCACGAGCUGCUAAUUAGUACUUUGAUGACGAAUGGUGCUGACACUGCAAGGCGUGGGAUCCACGACAUGUUCCCUCUGCACUUAGCUGUUCUCUUCGGAUUUUCAGACUGUUGUCGUAAGCUACUUUCCUCAGGUCAGUUGUACAGCAUCGUGUCCUCGCUGAGCAACGAGCACGUGCUGUCUGCAGGCUUCGACAUCAACACGCCUGACAACCUCGGGAGGACUUGUCUCCACGCUGCUGCUUCCGGAGGGAAUGUUGAAUGUCUUAAUUUGCUGUUGAGCAGCGGUGCUGACUUGAGGAGGAGAGAUAAAUUCGGGAGGACUCCACUGCACUACGCAGCUGCCAACGGCAGCUACCAGUGUACGGUGACACUGGUGACGGCGGGAGGCAGCAUCAACGAGGCCGACUGCAAAGGCUGCACCCCCUUACACUACGCUGCUGCCUCGGACACCUACAGGAGAGCAGAGACUCAUUCAGGAAACAGCCAUGACACUGAUGAGGAGCCACUGAAGGAGUCCAGGCUGAAGGAGGCGUUCUUUUGUUUGGAGUUCCUGCUGGAUAACGGUGCCGACCCCUCCCUGCGGGACAAGCAGGGCUACACCGCCGUCCACUACGCGGCCGCCUACGGCAACAGGCAGAACCUCGAGCUGCUCCUGGAAAUGUCUUUUAACUGCCUGGAGGAUGUGGAAAGCACCAUUCCAGUCAGCCCUUUGCACUUAGCUGCCUAUAAUGGUCACUGUGAAGCCCUGAAGACACUUGCUGAGACCCUGGUGAACCUGGACGUGCGGGACCACAAGGGCCGGACAGCGCUGUACCUGGCCACGGAGCGGGGAUCCACCGAGUGCGUGGAGGUGCUCACCAGCCACGGCGCCUCCGCGCUGGUCAAGGAGAGGAAGAGGAAGUGGACCCCCCUCCACGCUGCAGCUGCCAACGGGAACACGGAUUCCCUGCACCUCCUGAUAGACAGCGGGGAGCGGGCGGACAUCACCGACGUCAUGGACAUCCACGGCCAAACCCCGCUGAUGCUGGCGAUCAUGAACGGCCACGUUGACUGUGUCCAUCUCCUGCUGGAGAAGGGAUCCACGGCUGACGCAGCGGACAAGAGGGGAAGGACUGCCCUGCACCGAGGGGCUGUGACAGGCUGUGAGGACUGCCUGGCUGCUCUGCUGGACCACGAUGCCUUCGUCCUGUGUCGGGAUUUCAAGGGCCGGACCCCGAUCCACUUCGCCUCGGCGUGUGGGCACCUGGAAAUCCUGCGGACCCUGCUGCAGGCAGCCCUCUCCACUGACCCCCUGGACUCCGUGGUGGACUACAGCGGCUACUCACCGAUGCACUGGGCUUCUUACAGUGGGCACGAAGAUUGUCUUGAAUUGUUACUUGAACACAACCCGUUUGCGUACCUAGAAGGAAACCCCUUUACUCCAUUGCACUGUGCAGUAAUUAACAACCAGGAUGGCACUGCUGAAAUGCUGGUGGAAGCAUUAGGUGCCAAGAUUGUUAAUAGCAGAGAUGCCAAAGGAAGGACACCCCUUCACGCUGCUGCCUUUGCAGACAACAUCCAUGGUUUACAGCUGCUGCUGCGGCACCAGGCCGAGGUGGACACGGCGGACAAGCUGGGCAGGACCCCCCUCAUGGUGGCUUCUGAGAACGGGCACACGGCAGCAGUGGAGUUCCUGCUGUACCAAGCAAAAGCAAAUAUAACUGUGCUGGAUGUCAACAAGAACACAGCUCUUCACCUGGCCUGCAGCAAGGGCCAUGAAAAGUGUGCCUUGUUGAUCCUGGGGGAAACCCAAGACCUUGGCCUUAUCAAUGCAAGUAACAGUGCUCUGCAGAUGCCGCUCCACAUCGCGGCGCGGAACGGGCUGGCCUCCGUCGUGCAGGCCCUGCUCAGCCGCGGGGCCACCGUGCUGGCUGUGGAUGAAGAAGGUCAUACCCCAGCCUUGGCAUGCGCUCCCAACAAGGACGUUGCCGACUGCCUGGCACUUAUCCUCUCCACCAUGAAGCCUUUCCCACCUAAGGACGCCAUCAGCUCUUUCAGCUUCAACCUCCUCAAGAACUGCGGCAUCGCGGCCAAGACGGCGGCGUGCGGGGCCCUCCCCAACGGCAGCUCCUGCCCCUACACCAAGGACCGGCACAACGCCAUCGGCCUGGACGGCUGUUACUCGGAGUAGCUUAAACUAUGGGUGACCUAAUAUCUUAUUAUAUUUAUUUAGAAAUUCUAUAAAUAUAGGGCACUUUAAAGGAGAACAAGACUGGGCAGGCCAAGCGUGGCCCGGCGGGCCAAGAGUUCGGCGCUUUCCCCCUCUCGCCGGGUGCCGGUGCGGUGCCAAAGCUGCUCCUGGCAGUGCCCCUCCCGUCCCCUGCCCCUUCCCAAUCCUCUCUGUCCCCUCGGUGGCCGGGCAGGAGGCGGAAGAGGCAGGAUUUGGGCUGGGACAAGGCGGGUGCCACCACCCACCGCUGGUUCCCCCCAGCCUGCGGGGUGGGUGAAGCCGUUCCCGGUGUUCCCGGUGCCCUGUGCCAGCCUCCCGCCCUGCUGGGAUGCCCCCGGGGCUGCCAUCCGGCUGGGAUGGGGAAGCCUGAACUCUUGGUGGGACGGGGGGUGGGAAUUUGGGACUGGCUGGCCGGGGUGGGGGUCAGCUCCUGGCCAGGUGCCGCUGUCACCGCUCCUCUCGGAGUCGCUCUUUCCUCCUCUCAUCCUUCGAGUCCAAACACUUGAACCAAGAUCUACUGUACCUGGGGACACUAAAAUAUCCUUUUGGCAGCUCAUUUCUAGGGAAAAACGGGUGCUGCUGCCCGAGCCCGGCCGCGGAUGUGCCACUGGAGCCUCCUCCCCACACCAGGCACUUUAGGGAUUCUGUUGGUUGUUGGUUUUGAUUUUUUCCUUGGCAAAUUGUCAGAUCCUAAAACAAUUCUGCUUUGAGUUUCCCUUCCCUGGUUUGUGUGGCUGUUUCCAUGCGAGAGUCAGUGUUGGCUGGUUGUUUUUUUAAAAAGAGAUGAGAAUUAUUUAUAGAGAAACGAACAUUUACCUUUAAAAAACAACAAAAACCAUAAAAAAAAAAAUCAAUGUUUUAGCCUUUACUAAGGAAACAAAUGCACUUCUGAGUCCUUAUUCACAACCCUGAGUAAGUCUGUGUUGCUUUUUCGGAUGCAGCAUCCUGGCAGGUUUCGUGGCACGUGUGGAUGUGGGUGGGAUCGUUGUUUUUUGGUUUGGGUUUUCCUUUUUUCCUUUUUUUUUUUUUUUAAUUUUAGAAAUCCUGUUUAUGCUGCAGGUUUGAAGCAUUCGAGAAUGUUGCACUGUUGUUUUUUUUUCCGUUGAUUUUUUUUCUUUUGUUGCUGUUUUUCCUUCUGAAUUACUGUAACAGUAUCAAAAAACAAUGUUUUCCUCCAUGUCACGAGUCUGUUCAAAGCCAAAGACGGGGAUGCAGAGACCGGGAACGGGCUGGAAUUUCAGGAACCCCCGUCCCCCCCGAGCUCCUCUCCCGCUGCAGCCGGGCCCACCUGGGGAGCACGAGGCUGGGGCUGCCCUGGGGGUGUCCCAGUGUGACCCCCCGGGAUGGGAGCAGGGAUGAGACCAUCCCUGUGUCCCCCAGAGCCCGCGACGGGACUGAGCGAGCCCUGAGAGUGUCAGAGAGAAAAGGGCAUUUCUGUAACCAAAAUUACUUCUUUUUUUUGUCUUUUUUGUUAAUGAUUUCUGAAUGAAGGUGGCUCCUGCCAGGGAGGGGUGUCAGGUGCAGGUUGUGGAGCCGUUCCCGGGAGAGCUCCCGGGGGACACUCCCGCCCCCACGGGCAGGAUCCCCUCGCACUGUUUCUUUCUUUUGACCAAAGCCAAACUCUUAGAACCAAAUAUGAAGUUUCAGUCUUGGCCUUUGGGUGAUAAGCACAUUUUCUUGGCGUGCCCCGGAGGAGUUUGUCCCGGAGGGGGGAGCGGGGCCGGGGCCCUCCCGGUGCUCCCGCUCCCCGUCCCGCACUUCGCUCAGCAAAGCACUCAGCAAACUUGCCCUUGGUGAGAUCCUGGAGCCAGGGCCAGGCACUUCUGAGGGGCAGAGCUCUGCCUGCUCCAGGGGGAUCCUCCCUUUGGAUCCCCUCCUUUUAGGACAGUAUCCCCAGCGUGUCCCCCUCCUCACUCCCCUCGAGCUUGAAAGGAAGCGUUGACCUUUCUGCACCGGAUACCUCAGUUUGGAACCAGAAUGAACUCACGAAACUUGAAUCAAAAGAUCCUUUUGGAAGAUCCUUUUCAGUAUUCUACGGAGGAGAACUGGAAACAGAGACUUGUUUACAUUGCUGGCGAAUCCGCACUCGCCUCUUGCAGCUCUUUCCCUUUCUGGGAGGAAUUUAAGCAUCACUUUAUCUCCUGGCUGCUUCCCUCCCCCUUCCCACGGGGCAGGAAAGUGGGGCCAAAGUCCUGAGCCGUUGCCUUCAAGGGCUAAAGUGCUUUUCCAGGCACAUGGAGGGGCCGAGGCGCUCCCGGCCGGGCGGCGAUUCCCGGGGGCAGGGAUGGGUCGGAGCGGGGCUGUGAUGCUCCCUCUCCGUGGAAUCCACCCCUGCCCCAGGAGGGCUGUGCCCCUCGUGCCGUGGCCCUCGGUGUGGCCCCGUGGCCCUCGGUGUGGCCUCGUGGCCCUCGGUGUGGCCUCGUGGCCCUCGGUGUGGCCUCGUGGCUGUCGGGAGACGGGAUCCGGCACCAUUUCACUUGAACGUGGCUUUUCCCACCCUUCCGUAGAGCACACGGAAAAUGCUGCUUGUCCUUCACCCCCCCCAGCCCCCCCUCCCUGUUUUUUGGAGUGUUAUUGUGGUUUUCAGUUCCUUUGCUUAGAGGAGAAAGCUGAUCCUUCCUUUGACCUCGUUGCCGUGCUCUCCCCGCUCAACGACGCCGAGACAAUCAAUGUGAUCUCUGUAAGGGCUUCUCCAUCCUCUGCCACGCCUUGUGUCCUUCCCUCUUAGCCAGGAGCUUCUUCUCCCCUCCCCUGUGUCUUCUUAAAAAUAGUAAUAAUAAUGAUAAUAAUAAUAAUAAUAAUGAGAAUGGAGGGAAACGAGGUUCCAGCGGCGCAUCCGUGGUCUGGGAGCAGAGGGGAGGGGAGGGGUGGGAAGGGGACGUGUGGCCUUGGGGGUCCCAGUCUUGUUCUCCUUUAACGCUGUAUCGUAUCGUUGACAGCACAGCUUGACAAUUUAAGUAAUAAUCAAAGUGUUUGGUAAUAAUGCAUUAUUUUGCUAAACGAGAUUUGUGAUGGUUUCCCUGGUGCAUUGUAAAGAGGGAUGGAGGGAAACUUCCGCUGCCCUGCCCGCUCCCCCCUCCCCAGCCCCUCGUGGGCUCCCAAACCUUCUUCCCUCGGACCUUAAUGCCAAAGUUGGACCAUUCCUGCUCAGUUCUGCCCCUCCAAGCAGCGAAUUUUUUGGCUUUUCCCACCUCAAUCUGAUCAAUCUCUUGGUUUGGAACACGCAGGCACCGGAUCUCCCUCCCCUCCCCUGUCCCAACCCCUGGAAAAAGGAAGUUUCUCUCCGCCCCCUUGGUCCAAAGCACUUGCUUCAAGUAAUAAGCACUUUUGUUAAAGCAUGAGUCUGGAUUCCCUUUAGCAUCCCACGGGAUAGAGAGCAGCGCGAGGGAUACGAGAGUGUCUUUGGCUUUAUUUUUUCAGUUGGAAUUUAAAAAAAAAAAAAAAAAAGUUCGUUUCUAGGGAAUGAAUGGACGAAGGGAAGUUGUGUUUUGAGAGAGAGAGAGAAAAAAAAAACCUAAAAAAACCUAAAAAACAAACAAACAAACAAAAAAAAAAAAACCAACCCAACAGCACAAGUACAUUUCAAGUCCCCGGGUGUUUUUGCACUGCCAUUGCCCGAGCGAGGGGCCCCGGCCCCCUGAGCCAUAGACCCUCUGACAAACACUGAAUGUACCGGGCUCGGCGUCCCCGACGGAGCCACAGUCCCCGAGGAGGAGGAGAGCCUGGGGGGUGUCUUUGUUGUCGCUGUUCCCCAGCUGCAGGCACUUGGAAACUUAGUUCUUUGGGGAAAUGUGUCCCCUGUCCCGCUCCUGUCCCCUCUCCCACCCCUCUCCCACCCCUGUUCCCUCUCCCAUCCCUGUCCCGUCCCUCUCCUGUCCCUUCCCCACUCCUCUCCUGCUCUUUUCCCACCCUUCUCCCACCCCUUUCCCCUCCCUCUCCAAUCUCUCUCUCUUCCUCCCAUUCCCUCUUCCACCCCUCUCCCAUCCCCUCUCCCCUCCCCUCCCUCUCCCGGACGGAGCGAGGAUCCCCCUCCCCAAACUCAGACGAGCAGCCCCAUCGGCCCCAUCCCGGGGCUGGAAUCCGGCAAAUAAAAAAGUAGCACUAAAAGCCAAGCAAAAAAAAAAACAAACAAAAAAAUCUCCAAACUCGUGGAAUCAGUUUUGGUUUUGUUUCUGUUCGGGUGUUGGGAGCACCCGGAGCGUGGCGGGGUCUGUGCAGAUCCCAGUCCCCGGCGCGGGGGAGGAACAAGGAAAACCCAAAACAAGGAACGCAGAGGAAACAACCUUUUUUCCUUGAUUUUAUCCUGACGUUCCGUGGGGCCUGAGGAGCCCCCCAGGCUCCCUGCCAGCACCCCCCCCGGGGUCGGAUCCGUGCAGCCCACGCUCACCUUUGCCUUCAGUGAGAAACCAAAGGAAAAACCAGCCCCUUCCAGAGGAUCCCGGCGCGGAUUCCUUGGGUCGGGCUUUUGUUUCUUUUUCUUUGCCUUUUUUUUUUUUUUUUUUUUUUUUCCCCUCCCUCCUUUUCUUUCUGUUCUUUGUUUUUCUCCAAGGACACAAGGAGCUCUUCAAUCCUCUUCUCCUGGCUGGAAUUUUCUGGGCUCGGCAGUGAAAGGAGAUUAAACCCCUCCCCGCCCCCCCAAAAAAAAAAAAGCCGAGACUCAACCGAAGCAUCAUCGGGAGCUCCGGGUAACGUACCCACGGGGCGGGAGCUCCCCAGGGGAGCAGCGGCUCUGGAGCUGCCCCGAAAUCCUUGGAAUUGCGGCGCGAGGCUGGAGGGGAGGAGCCGGAGCCCCCGCGGGGCGGUCGGGGAUGGGGGGACGCGUCUCUUAAGGCAUCUGUAGCAACUCUGUGUCUUUAAUAUCCUCCGUGUCAAUGCUGCACCUCUGUAUUUUAUGCACAUAAAUGUUCCUUUGGUGGCGACAGGACAAACCUCAUCACCUGUCAGGUACAGCCGACUCCUCCUGUCCCGGCCUCCGCGGCCCCGGGGCCUCGUCCCCCUUCCCGUGCUGGGGGGCAGAAAGAGGGGGAAGAGAAAAAAAAAAAACAAAAAAAAAAGAGGAAAAUAGCCUUACUCGACCCAGUCGUAUCGAUAUUGUUCGUCAACUUGAAAAUAAUAAAGGAAACGCAUGGAAACCUC